AGAAAGUUAACUUCAACAUUUUUCAACAGAUUAAGUUAGCAUAAGAUGUACGUGCCUACGUCGCCUAUGGACGACGAAAUUGAAGAUGAAAACCUGCGACAAAUUGACAACAAUUCAGCUCCAAUAUCUCUGAGCGAUUACAACUUUGAAAUGGAUUACAUAGAUGACCGUGAAAUAGUGAUAUUACAUCAUAAUUUAUAUCAUCUGACUCUUCAAGCAAAACUUCGAGUAUUUUUAGUGUUGUUUGUGAUUAUAGUUAUACCAGCAACUAUAGUUUUUACUGCGUGUUAUAUCAGAGAUAGAAGGAAACAAAGGAGAUACGAAAGAGACGUGGCGGCUAAUGCAUCCGAAAGUCCGGAUCAUACAUUACCGUACAGUGCUCGUCUUUCCAGGCCAGUUCCCGGGACUGCUACAGAACUCACGCCGACCGUGGGACGACCCCGCAGUAUGAGAGUUUCGUUCGCAGAUGAGAGAGAACAAGAGGGUCGGAGAUCAGCAGUUUCAAACUCAAAACACCGCCCCAGUCUUCCGGAUAGUCCGGAAGAGACAGACGACGAUGUAUUUUUUGUUGACAGUUCCACAAAUAAAGGCAAAGUCACCAGGCCCGUUCACCUGCCAAGUGAAUCAAACAGCGUAUUACGUAAUGAAACUGGGCGAAGAAAGCGAACGGGGUCCAGAUAACAGCCGCGUUACACUGUUCAGUUUACUAGAAGUAAAUUAACAGUUUUCAAAAUAUUAACCCGCAACACAACUUGUUACCUAUGGUGCAGAGGUUUCGAUUAUAAUAAUACUUCCAGAGUAUGAUUACACGUUCACAAAGUCGAGAGUUAACAUUUGUAUCUCUCGUAAACGAUUGAAAACUGUCUAAUUUUAUAUUUGAAAAAUGUUGCAUAAAUGAAUAAACUCGUUGAAACGUA